AUGUCAAAUCAAGGCUCAAAGAACCUUAAAACAUUUACCUAUCAGGAUUCUUUACCAAGGCUUCCAAUUCCCUCACUAGAAGAAACUACCACCAAAUACCUACGUUCACUUCGUCCACUUAUUUCAAAACAGGAACUUGCGGUGGUUGAAGAACAAGUUAAAGAUUUUAUAAAGCCAAAUGGACUGGGUAAUCUGCUUCAACAAAGAUUAAUUGAUAUUGAUAAUAUCGCACCUGAUAAUUGGCUUGACGAUACAUGGUGGAUAAAAAAAGCCUAUCAAGAAUGGAGAGUUCCUUUGAUUAUUAACUCUAAUUGGUUUUUUAUGUAUAUUGAUGACUCGAACACUCCUGGUGAAUAUCUCGCUUCUCGUAAUGAUACUAGAUUCAAAGGAAUAUUCUCAGAAUUUCAAGUUAAAAGAAAUGUCACACGUUCUUAUCCUUUAUGUAUGCAUCAAUACACACGUGCUUAUGGUUUGACUCGUAUCCCACAACACGGUUGUGAUGCGUUAAAUCAUACAAAACAUCCGAAUCAAUUCAGACACAUUAUAGUUACUGCAAGGAAUCAAUAUUAUAUUUUAGAAUGUUAUGAUGUCGAUGGGAAUAGAUUGAGUGAUGGUGACAUUGAACAGCAAAUUUGGGAAAUAAUUAACAAUGUUUUACAAACAGAAUAUGAUCCUCCAGUUGGAAUACUCACAGGAGAUGAUCGUGAUAGUUGGACCGUGGCGCGUGAACAUUUACUUACACUUUCUCCACAAAAUCGCGAGACAUUAAAUUUGAUCGAAAGUGCAUUAUUCGUUGUUAAUUUAGAUGAUUAUUCGUCCGGUGACAAUCUAGAUCAAUUUCUUGGAAACAUAUUCCAUGGAAAUGGCUAUAAUCGUUGGUUUGACAAGUCAAUGUCUAUAAUAGUGGAAAGUAAUGGAGUGGCAGGUAUGCAUGGUGAGCAUUCUCCAUGUGAUGCAUUAGUAACAGCAUUUAUCGCUGAAUGGACGCUCAUAGAACCAACUGAUUUGGAUGCAAAAAUCUCGGGCCGAAAAAUUCCAUCGCCACGUAGAAUCAGAUUUGUCACUAAUCAACAAACACUUAAAUUCAUUCAAGAUGCAGAAAAACGUAUAUCACAAGUUAUCGCUGAUUCUGAUGUUACUGUAUUACACUCUUCAGAAUACGCCAAGUGUCCUCCGGAUGCAUAUAUUCAAAUGGUUAUUCAAUUAGCAUAUUACAAACUUCACAGAAAAGUUGUCCCAACUUAUGAAACAGGUUCAACUCGACAAUUUAGACAUGGCCGUACUGAGACCAUAAGAACAUUGAGUGCGGAGAGUAAGGCUUUUGUUGAAGGAAUGGAAAACAAUUCUUUAUCAACAAAAGAAAAAUAUGGAUUAUUACAAGCAGCAGUAAAAGCACAUAGUGAAUAUACUCGAGAUGCAUCAAAUGGAAAAGGUUGCGAUCGUCAUUUACUUGGUCUUAGGCUAUUGCUAAAAGAAGGUGAAUCUCAUCCAUUAUUCCAACAUCCUAUUUUUGCAAAAAGUCAAGAAUGGUUAUUGAGUACAAGUG